AUGCCGUUGUUCGGAAGUUCGCCGGAUGCCUGGAUUUCAUACGACGCGCCCUGCUUUCGGCCUCGUCCGUACGACGUGCCCCACUCUCGGUCUCAUUCGUACAAUGCGCCCUGCUGUCAGCCUCGUCCGUACGACUGGCAGUCCUUGUUUAAAUGCCCUAUGAAAGUGGACGAAGAAGACAGAUCAGAACCUAUGGAAGUGGACGAAGAAGACAGAUCAGAACCUAUGGAAGUGGACGAAGAAGACAGAUCAGAACCUAUGGAAGUGGACGAAGAAGACGAGACAGAACCUAUGGAAAUAGACGAAGAAGAUGAGACAGAACCUAUGGAGGUGGAUGACGAGGAUUAUUCAGAGCCGAUGGAGGUGGACGAUAAUGGUAAUUGCGGACUAGAAGAGAUAGACGAAACGCUUGAAAUAGACGAUAGGAUGGUGGAAUUCAUAGAUUUGGACGAUUUUGAUGAUGAUGAAACAGACGAGGACGAUGAUCUAGAUAAAAAUGAUGACAAGCCAAUUUACACAGACAGCGGAUCGGAAGGAUCGUUGGAUAUGGAUUUGGAUGACGGGAUGAGUUAA